GAUCCAUAUUCAUUUUAUGAUCAAAAUAUAACUUUAUUGUCAAGCGAUACACCAAUAAAUGGUUUUAUUAAACCUUCAUAUGAUUAUCAAGUAAACCAAAAUCAAUUACACCCUCGAUCUAUAUAG